ACCAUGAUCGCCGCCUGGCCAAUCUGUUGACCUAUGAUAUCUAUGAUCUCGAGCUUACGGCGGUAAAGGACAACACAGAGAGAGCUUAGGAAGCCGUUGAUUGAGACAACAGGCAAGUCAAUCAUAGUGAUUGAAGACAUAGUGGAGAAGGAGAAACCAGAGAAGGGUUCUGAGGAGUAGAAGGAGAAGAGGAAGAUGGACAAAGCGAGGGAGGAGGGAGAGGAAGAGGGAAGCGGCAGCAGCAAGGGGACUCUUUCUGGGUUGUUGAAUUUCAUAGAUGUACUCUGGUCUGCGUGUGGUGGGGUGAGGCUGAUUGUGUUCACCACUAAUUACGUAGAGAAGCUUGAUCCGGCGUUGAUCCGAAGGGGAAGGAUGGACAAGCACAUAGAACUCUCCUACUAUAGAUUCGAGGUAUUCAAGGUGCUCGCGGAAAAUUACCUGAAUGUGGAGUCACAUCAAUGAUGUAGAGAAUCUGAUGCCGAUGUCUCCUUCGGAUAACGCGGAGAGAACCCUUUCGAGCUUAGUUCAGGCGUUGAAAGAAGCCAAAGGAAGAAGCUGCAAGGAGAAAUGCAGAGAAGGAAGAGGCAGAGAGAAAGACAACAGAGCAGGAAGAAGAAGAACUAAGGAAAACAGAGAAUGAAGUUGCGGCUUACAAGCAAAAUGGAGUAUCUUCCAUGAAGGAAUAUGAUGCUGCUCAAUCCCAAGAGAAUAAAGCAACUGAAAAUCC